AUGUCCAUGGCAUCGGUCAUCUCGCCGAUGCCGGGCCCUCCCGUGGCAAAGGCCCCGAUCUCAAUGACGACCAAGGAAUGGGUCAUACCGCCCAGGCCAAAGCCCGGCAGGAAGCCCGCUACUGACACCCCGCCCACAAAGCGCAAGGCCCAGAACAGGGCUGCCCAGAGGGCCUUUAGGGAGAGGAGGGCCGCCCGAGUCGGCGAACUCGAGGAGCAGUUGGAAGCCGAGAGGGAGGAGCAUGAGGCUGCCCAGGCCGCGCUGCAGGAGAAGGUCCACCGCCUGCAGAUGGACUCGCAGGCGCUGCAGUCAAGGUGCGAGGUGCUGGAGAACAUGCUUGACAAGGAGCGUGUCGAGCGGGCAAAGGAGGUCGAGGUCCUCACCAGGAGGCUGCAUGAGGCCACCCAGCACCACCAGGCCCAGAAUCACCACCACCCCGCGCGCCAGAGCCUUCCGUCCAUCUCGUCUGUGUCCGAGUCGCAGGGCCCUUAUGCACCACAGCCCUUGCGAUAUCACCACCGCCCAUCGGCGCCGUCCCGUCUCUCUCAGCUCGGCAGGUCCAGCACUUCAGGUGGCCUGACCGCCAAGUCCACACCUGCAGCCACAGCCCAGCCUCACAGGCCCUCCACCACCAAUUCAUUCUCCAUCUCACAGAUCAUCAGCCCGCCAGAUGACAUCGAGCAGGCACCGACCACGUGUGGGUCGUGUGACAGUGGUGGGCGCUGUGCGUGUGCAGACGAGGCCAUGGCCAGCAUGCCCGUUGGUUGCGGCAAUUGCACCCUUGGCUCGCGGUGCCAGUGCCUUGAAGAAGUCCUGAACGGGACAGCGGCCGAUAACGCUUACCAAGAUGCCGGGAGCAGGGCCAACUCGGUGUCUAAUCACCAGCCGACGCCAAGCCGCACGGCCAAGCGGACGAUCCGGUCCAUCUCCCCAAGUUCCACGGCGCCAGAGGAGAAGCGUGCGCGGCCGUCUCUGUCACACGCGGCCACCGAGACUGAUUUCACCGCCAUGUUCUCGCGCCAGGCCAAGCGUGCCUCUCCGCCAACCACCACCACAGCCUCAGCACAGCCUACUGCGGCUGCAAUCACCGCCAUCGGCACGCCCUAUAGCAACGCACGCAGUCCGUAUUCCCUGGCCCCGAUUGAUACCCAGGGUGGCGACUCGCCCGCUCCGGAGGACCGCUGCGGUUUCUGCGAGGACGGCACGUACUGCGUCUGUGCAGAGGCGGCGAAGAAUUCUGCCCUUGCACUGCAACCACCAGCAGUUGAGUCAAUCACCCUGCCGCCCAUUACAUCGUCAGCUUUGUUCUCCGUCCAGCAAGCUCGCACGCCUCCGCCAUCCGAAGGCGAUGCUAACGGCUACGAGAUCCUGCCCGACGGUUCGGUCAAGCUGCCUAGUCUGAAGGGGCUCUCAUCACGGAACAAGGUUGGCAAUACUGACAACACCACGAAGCCCUCGACCAGUGGCUGUGGCCCGGGCGGCCCGGGUACUUGCGCCCAGUGCAUCGCGGACCCUAAGUCGGGCCUUUUUUGCAGGUCCCUAGCGGCAAGUUUCAAAAGUAAGAACGGAGAGUCCAGUGGAGGCUGCUGUGGCGGUGGUGGACCCGGCGGUGGAUGUUGCAAGGACAAGAAGCAGAACGCUGGCGCCGGCAGCAACGGCAACGCAAGCGUGAAGUUGUCCUGUGCGGAUGCCUACAAAACGCUGGCCAGCCACCGGAAUUUUAGCGAGGCGGCCGAUGACAUUGGGGCAUGGUUGCCGAUGCUGAGGGCGGCUCCCGCGCGGCCUCGGGAGCCUGAGGUCGGCGGCUGCAGUGGUGGAAAGGCGGGUGGCAGCUCGAGGACGCCGAUCGAGGUCGAGGCGGCUAGCAUCAUGGGCGUGCUCAAGGGGUUUGACGUCAGUGUGCACCAGCAAGCCCACUGCAAAUCUACAUGCAUGAAGACGCUGGACUCUGCGUGGGACAACAAGAACCCGUCAUCAGUCAAAGAUAUCGAAGUCGCCAAUCGGUCCGCGGAGAAGACCGUAGAGCCGCAGGAGACCGGAGCAAAGCCCGGCGUGGAACCCGGUGUCGGCCCCAUGGGAACCAAACGAUUCCUGCAGCAGAGCCGGGUCCCGUGCCCUUGUGAUCCCUGCUGA